AUGAAUAAUCCAACUGGCAUUUAUCAUUACGGAGAGACUCUUUGUAAUGAUCCUGAUAAGGACUUUGAGAUUCUUGAUUAUGUUAGCAUUGGGGAUAAUUCUGAAAGUCUUGAGCAACCAACAUCUUCACUUUUGUCUAAAUAUAGUACAAGCUGCACAGAAAAUGAUAUAAAUCUAUACGAUAGUUCACAUGAUAUACAAUUUAAUACAUCAGCAAUCGGAUUAGCUAAGGCAUAUGCCAAUUCAUCAUCAACAACAAUGCAAGAACGAGAUAAUGAAAUUGAUAUAAAUUGGUUGGCACAAGACCUUGAUGUAACGUCUAAUAGUGAAUCAUCAUGGGAUACAACUAUUUGUCAUGAAAAUGAAUUAACUUUAGAAUUUAAUUCUGGUGGUGUUAAGCAGUUGAAUGAGACAUGCAUCAUAGUAGACGAUUUAAAUGGAACAUUACAACGAUGUCCUCAUCCUGCAGAGAAACCAUUGAAACAGCUUGGAGGGAUUUGGGAGCUGGAUUUUGAUAUGGUGGAUGAAAUUGUUAUGAAAUCAAAGGGUGAUGGUUUGAAUACACUAGGGGUUUGCAAAAGCCACUUUAAUUAUGAUAACAAACAAUUACAUGAAUGUCAAAAAACAGAAGUUUCUAUUGAUAAAGCAGUGAUUCAUCGAAAAAGAUGUUUAUUCUGUGGACACUAUAA